AUGGUCUAUUAUUGCGGAUAUCUCGUGCGAGACGAGUGGUUGUUCCAGCGGGGCGCUGAGUUGGGUUGUCCACGCCCCGUCAACGCAUUGGACACAAUGAAUAUCAUUCUCGCGGCUUCGAGUGAUCUCAGGAUCGACACAAAAGUUUAUGCCUACACCAAAUUUCGUCAUGUGAAGACCCUCAAGGGGAUCCCGUUUUGGUGCAUUGCCUUCGCCUCGAACGAUCCUUCCGAAGGCUUGCCAACCAGCGCGCCGGCAGAGGAAGAAUACAAGGCUUUGAAGGAGGCUCUGCAUAAGAAAGGCCCGCCUGGCUGGUACAAAUCUUCUUGA